GGAUGAGGCAGAUGAGCUGAGGGCUGCGAGCCAGCAACCUUUCGGACGGGGCGAGAGACAGAGACAGAGACAGAGAGAGAGAGAGAGAGAGGGGAUGAGAUCUUAAUGAUACGCUUCUUUUGUUGACUUCUGUCCGGACUGAAAGUUGGUUUUGUUGUUGUUGUUUUUAUUCUUGGCCUUUCCACUACACUAAGGUAACGGAAUUUAACCAGUAUUACUGUGGCUAAAUGUUUUGAGGAACUCAAAAGAUAUCCUUUUGCCGAGAGAGUACGGUCUGACGAUUUAUGACAUAUAAUCUGACUGCGGCAGGUUUUUUUUAAAGAUGUGAUUUUUUCCUCCUUUUUAACAGUUUUAAGUACUUGCUAAUGUCUAUCUAGAGAAUAGACUCUGAAGACAUUUUAAAUACAUCUUUAAAAAAAAAACGACAACAUAAAGUCCAAGAUAUGAAUACGUUUUCAUUGUGAAUUCGAGUUCAAUCUUCUCAGUUAUUAAAAUAAGCGAGUUGUAGGGAUGAGUGAUUAGUCAUCCGACAAGAGAUUAGUUUGAUACCUCUGGCCGUCAUGUUGCUGGUUCUGCUGCUGGUUCUAAGCCUUGUUUCUGAGGCCCGGUCCUCUGACCCAUCCCCGAUUACCAUCCUGUACCGGGUGUGGGAGGAGCAGCCAGCGGGCACCCGGGUCGGCCGCCUGGUGGAUGACCUGCGUCAGAGAGAUGUGGGGGGCCCACUGGAGGACUUUCACGUGGUGGAGCACGGCCAAGCGCUGCCCUUCACCGUCAGCCCCAGAGAUGGAGCUGUCUCCACUCUCAGCCAGCUGGACAGGGAGGAGCUGUGCCGAGGGUCGGACCUGUGUGAGCUGGUCUUUAGCGUCCUCUACAGGAAGGGUGGAGCCGUGCACUUCCUGCGCGUGCGUGUGGAGGUGAUGGACCUGAACGAUAACAGCCCGACUUUCCCCAGCAUUCUGCAAGAGGUGGAGAUCUCAGAGUCGGCCAGCCUGAGGAUGAGGAUCCCACUGGACAGAGCAGUGGACCCCGAUGCAGGACCCAACGGCCUCCAGACCUACUCCCUCUCUGUCAAUCAGCACUUUGCCCUGGAUGUGCGGGUUGCUCCAGGUGGCACAAAGCAGGCCGAGCUGGUGGUGAUGAAAGAGCUGGACAGGGAGCUGCAGGCGUCCUUUGAUCUCAAUCUGCUGGCCUGGGAUAAAGGGAACCCCCCCAGGUCUGGAAGCACAUUGGUGCGUGUGAACAUUUUGGACUCCAACGAUAACAGCCCCAUAUUUGAGGACAGCACUCCUACCAUUGAGCUGGCUGAAGAUACAGCCAAGGGGACAACUGUCAUUAACCUCAAGGCCACUGACCCAGACCAGGGGGCUAACGGGGAGGUGGAGUAUUCCCUCAGCAAACACGUACCCCCGGAGGUUCAGAAGCUUUUCACUGUUCACCCACAGACCGGGGCAGUGACCUUGAAAGGCCCUCUUGACUAUGAGUUAAAGCGCUCUUAUGAAGUGGACAUUCAAGCACGUGACCGUGGACCCAAUCCAAUUCCUUCUCACUGUAAACUGCACAUCAAGCUGAAGGACGUCAAUGAUAACGCGCCCCGGAUACACAUCACCUGGACUCCCCCUGAUUCCCCUGUAGCCACCAUAUUGGAGGGCUCACCAGAAGACACCUUCCUUGCCUUAGUCAUGGUGUCCGACGCAGACUCAGGAGACAACGGAAAAGUGAACGCCCACAUCCAGCAAGGAUCCGGACCAUUCCGCCUCAAACGAAUCCAUGGUGACAACUAUAUGAUCGUAACCAAUGGCAGCUUGGAUCGAGAGAAGGUUAUGCAGCAUAACAUCACUCUCCUCGCCCAGGAUUAUGGAGACCCACCCCUGUCUUGCGUUAAACAUCUAACUGUCCAUGUUCUAGAUGAGAACGACAACGCCCCCAUAUUCUCCAAGGUUCACUACAAGGCCUCAUUUACGGAGAACAAUGUGGCAGGAUACCAUGCCCUCAGGGUGGAGGCCCAUGAUGUUGACCUGGAGCUUAGUGGGAGGGUUUCCUACUCCAUACGAGAGUCCAAUGACUUAGGAACAUCCUCAUUCUCUUUCUCUAUCCAUCCAACCAGUGGUGUGGUCAGUGUCCAGCACCCUUUAGACUACGAGGAGUCCCAUGCCUACUCUUUUAUUGUGGAGGCGAUUGAUCAGGGUCAUCCUCCCCUUACCAGCACCGCCACAGUUCAGAUUGACCUCCAAGACAUCAACGACAACUACCCGGUCAUUAAGGAGCCUAAACCCAGGAAGGGUGUGGCUUCUUUAAGUGUGCCAGUCAACGCAGAUAAAGGAGAGAUUGUGACUGAACUGGGAAAUGGAGACGAGGAGGGGUCCACCACUUCACCAAUCAAUCCCUCCAUUCGGCAGGGACUCGUGGGAUUCCUGGCUACUACCAUCAAGGCUGAAGACCCAGAUUCUGGUCUGAAUGGACAGCUCAGCUUCCUCAUUACUGAUGGAAACCCACAUGGACUAUUCUGGUUGGACCACACCACGGGCCAGCUGUUUAUCAAUACCACUAAUGGCACUGAGCUGAUUGGAAAGACGUUUAAGGUGGAUGUUGCUGUAUCUGACAUGGGCAGCCCCAGCUUGGUUACCAAGAUGACACUGGAGGUGACUUUUAUCAACCUGAAAGACCACCUGAAGAACUCAUCACCUGGCAACCGGGGCCAGCUGAGCUUCACCAUGAUGAUGGCCAUCUGCCUUGGAGCCACCUGCCUCCUCUUGCUGUUGGUCAUCGCUUUGGUGACCACAUUCUGUCGCCCUGAGAAACGGGACAACCGGGCCUACAAUUGCAGACAGGCUGAGUCCACCUACACCAGCCACCCACGCCGCCCACAAAAAAACAUCCGGAAGUCCGAUAUUCAGCUAGUUCCUGUCAUCCGAGGCCGAAAGGAGGAGCCUUUAGAGGAUGAGAACGAGGCCAAGCCACUCAACCCACCUUCUCUCAUGGAUGAGGAGCCCCGCACUGACAGGCAAUACAGCAUGGCACCUUCAGUUAUGAACCCAAGUUUGCACUCCCAGGGUUACCCUGAAGGAGAUGCCACCUUACCCGUCUACCACCCCAGAGCACUUCUUAAACCCGGAAGCAUCGACCUGGAUGGCACCCUUCCUCGGACCCCUGCCACACCCUACCGGACCCUACGGAAGUCCAGGAACCCUUCAUCAUCAUCCUUGAUGUCACACAACAGCACUCUGAAACGUCAUGGUGCUGCUGAGAUCCAGAGCCGGCCAGCCAGAGAGGAGCCACUGGGUUCCGGUUCAGAAUCCCAGGCGACCCUGAGGAGACCGAAGACGUCUGAACAGACAGGGAAGCAGGACGCCGAGCACAGACAGAUGCUGAGGAAUCUGGUCCGUCUGUCCAUGGCCGCCUUUGGAGAAAACUCCAUCCAGUUGUCUUCAGCCUCCCCAGAAGUGCAGCAGAUCUCCCCUCUCUCUCUCCUCCGUCAGGGGCAGCUGCAGCCCAGACCAAACUUCCGCGGCAACAAUACUCCCAUCGCAGACGAUGUCUUUGCUGAACUCGAGGACCCGGCGUGGAUGGCCAGACUCUCCCUCCCUCUCUCCGCUGAUUACCAUGACAACGUGUUUGUCCCCGACGGUCUGCCGUCCCCUGUGCCCCGCUCCCCGGGUGCUCAGGACUCCGCCUCCUUCUCCACAUUUGGUAAGACACCGGAGAAGGACGGCCCGCUGGGCGGCACGCUGCUGUCUGAGGUCAGCACACUCUUCGAGAUGCUGAUGACGCAGAAGGCCGACGCCCAGCCCAGACCCUCCCCCGAUGUCCUCUACAGACUCUCCGCUGCGUACCGACGCUCGCUCGACCCGGACGGGGCCGGCACCGUGGCCGGAGGAGCCAGCACACCAAGGAACUCUGGGAACGCUGAGCAGAGAUCCCCUCUGGUUCCACUCGCAGGCCAUUACCACUAGAUUUUAUACAUCACUUGCAUUGCUUUUCAUAGUUUUUAAAGGGUAAUUCUGUUUUGUUUUUUGUUUUGUUUUUUUACAAUCUGGGUGUGAUUUUUUGAAGUUUUUGCCAUCGUGCAUAUUGGGUGUGAUAUCAUUUUACUCACUGGCUUCAUUUUGUAGAGUUUAUACACGGGGCCACCGCUGGACUCAGCGUUACAAUGGUGUCUUAUGGGGCAAACGAACACGAGCAUCAGACAACUUUCAACACGUCAAUUUAACCCAAUUAUCAAAAAAAAAUCACGUAUUUGGAAGUGGAAAUUGGAUUGAAUGAUUUCAUAGGCUUCCCCUGAUGUACCAAGAAAAUAAAUAAAAGCACUGCCAAAAAAAAAAUAGAAAACACUAGUUAAAUUAAAUUUACAUAUUUACAGAGCAGCAGCUUCUGUGGGAGCUGGGCCUUUUCAGCUUCCUGAGGAGGAAGAGUGUUGGGCCUUUUCAGCUUCCUGAGGAGGAAGAGUGUUGGGCCUUUUUGAUGAGGUGUGAAGUGUUGGAGGACCAUGUCAGCUGUUUUGACACAGUGACUCCAAGAAACUUUAGGUUUUGGCCAUGUCAGCCAUUUUGACACAGUGACUCCAAGAAACUUCAGGUUUUGGCCAUUGUCAGCUGUUUUGACACAGCGACUCGAAGAAACUUUGGGGUUUCUACGCUUUCCACUGCUUCUCCAUGUAUGUGGAGGGAGAGGUGAAUUCUCUCCUUUGUUCUUCUGAAGUCAAUGACCAUCUCCUUUGUCUUCGAGGUGUUAAGGACCGGGUUGUUUUCCUUACACUACUCAACCAGAUGUCCCACCUCAAGCCUGUAGACUGUCUCCUAAUUGUCUGAAAUCAGGCCCACUAUUGUGGUGUCGUCCGCAAAUUUAAUUAUGGAGUUGGAGGUGUGGACGGGGGUGCAAUCGUGGGUGAAGAGUGCGAAGAGCAUCGGGCUCAGCACACAGCUCUGGGGCUCCUGUGUUUAGGAUGAGGGUGGAGGAGGUGUGUUUACCAAUCCUGACUUGCUGUGGUCAGUCUGUGAGGAAGUUCAUGACCCAUGAGCACAGUGAGGAACCAAGGCCCAGGUUGUUCAGUUUGCUGACCAGUUUGUGGGGGAUGACAGUGUUAAAUAUGGAGCUGAAGUCCACAAAUAGCAUCCUCACAUAAUUGUUGGGUUGCUGUAAGUGCGUCAGAGCAGUGUUGAGAGCUGUUGUGAUAGUGUCCUCUGUGGAGUAGUUUGUCCGGUAGGCAAACUGGUGCUUGCCCAGAUCAAGUGGAUGAUGGUUCUGAUGUGUGAAAGCACCAGUUUCUCGAGGCGCUUCAUGACUAUGGGUGCUAGUGCCACUGGGUGAUAGUCAUUCAGACAUGUCAUAGAUGGUUUUUUGGGCACUGGGAUGUUGGUGGAGGGUUUAAGGCAUGUUGGAACAGCAGUUUUGUUGUAAUGAGAUUAGUAAUGAUUAAUAAACACUGUUUACUAAUAAUUAGUAAACAGCUCUGUAAGCUAAUUGGCGGCUGGCCACUCCAUCUGGGCCAGCCGCCUUGCUUGCAUCGAGCUUCCUCAGGGUGGUCCUCACCUGGUGGUGCUGUAAAACCAGUGUCGACUCCCCAGCACGUAGGUUGAUGAGUGGAGUAGACCCUCUUUGAGUGUCAAAACAGACAAAGAACCGGUUCAGGACAUCAGGCAGUUUGGUGUCGUCAGUGCCUUGAUUCUGUUCCACAUGCUGCGGGGGUGGUUAUUGUCAAAUUGAUCCUCAAUGCGCUGUUUGUAUUUGCGUUUUGCAUCCCUGAUGCCUGUCUUGGGUGUCCCCUGUGCUUCACUGUAGGCUUAUUUGUUACCUGACCUGAAAGCUGCAUGCCGCUCCUUGAGUGAUGCCUUUACAUUGCCGUUUAUAUUCAUGGCUUUUGGUUAGGAAUCACCUUUAUUGUCUUUUGUGUUAAUACAUUUUCUAUGCAAAGGUUUACAUAUCCUAGGACUGAUCCAGCAUAUUCCUUGAGGAGUUUUCCGUCUGCAAACAAAUCCCCGUCAGUGUUAGCAAAGCAGUCUUGCAGCAUUGAGGCGGCUUCCUCAGACCACACUUGCACUGUCCUGAUAGCUGGUUUUGUUCUGCAGAUCCUUGGUUUGUAAGCUGGGGUCAGAGUUAGGUAAAUACGGUCUGGUCCAGGGUGUCUCCUCGUCUGCUGCCCAGUGACUGCUGGGACAGACUCCAGCAUCCCCGCGACCUUGAGAGCAGGAUAAGCGGCUUGGAUAAUGGAUGGAUGGGUGUUUUAGAUGUGAAGAUGGGGUUGCUUUAAAUGCUCCAGGGAUGUUCACGUAGACUUGGUCCAGAACAUUCUGCUCUCUUGUUGGGAAAUUCACAUUUUUAGGAAAAUUGCGCAUGACCCGUUUGAGAGCCGCGUGAUUGAAGUCCCCUGCUACAGUGAUCACGGCGUCUGGGUGCGCCAUGAGUUGUUUUGUUAAUGCCGCCGUGUAGCUUCUCUGCUGCUAACGUAGCCUUAGCUUGUGGGGGCUGUAUACUGCCAUGAUUGUUAUUGUCAUGAAUUCCCCCCGGGGGAAAGGACGGUGUGCACCUUACUGUUAGGAGCUCCAAGUCUGGGCAGCAAUGUUUAUCCGCCAUGUCGGUGGCUGUGCACCAGCUGUUGUUAACACAGACACCCGGUUCUCCUCCUCCUCCUCUGCUCUUCCUGGAGGCCCUCGUCCGGUCCGCUCUGUAGACGGAGCUGCCAGCUAACUCGAUAGCAGCGUCUGGAACUUCGUAGCUCAACCGAGUCUCUGUGAUGAUCGCCACACAGUGAGGCGUAGUUCUCACUCCGAUCUCAGCCAUCUUUUUGGUAAGAGACCUGAAGUUGGCGAGGAACAGGUUCGGUAGCACGUACACCCGGCUCGCCUCCCCGCUUCUGUUUCUGCUCCCUCUGUCACCUGCGUCGUUUCUAUGGUGGAAUGGCGGGUUCAUCUCCGGGGUGGGGGUUGAAAGUUGCAUCAAUUUCUGAUGCAAACUAACUGGGCUCCAUCAUAUGUGUAAAAGGCUACUGCUUUACUGAAAGAAGAUGGAGUAACUAAGAGAUAAAAAGAAAGAAAAGAGAGAGAGAGCCGAGCCGCUGCAUCUGUACACGCCGCCAUCUUGACAGCCAGUGCUGCCAUAAUGACAGUAAAAGUUAUCACCCAAUAAGUCCAGUAUUAUUAACGGUCAUUCAAAAUGCUGAGCUAUCAUAUAAAAUCAAAUGGCCGAGUAUUCAUCUGACUAUUGAGAGGAUAAUUGGGUUAUAUUAGACUUGUCGAAACAUGUCUGGUACUCAUAUUUCAUGGCGCCGUUAGACGCUGUUGCAGAGCUGAGUCCAGUGGUGGCUCUGUGUCCAAAAUCUACAAAAUGAAGCUGGUGAGUGAAAUGAUACCCUAACCGAUAUGUACAAUGGCAAAAACUAUAAAAAUAAGACCCAGGCCGCAAAAAGAGAAAGAAAAGGAAUCGCGCUUUAAUUUGAGGCCCGUGGGUGACCGAAAAUGACGAUUAUUGUAAAUAUUGCCAGUACAGAUCUGAUUUUUGUAGGGCCCUGAAUGGAUGCAUGCAUCAGAUCAUACAACUUUCACCACGCACCGCGGUAUCAACUGAAUCCCCAACAAGCGAGUGAAGUUUUUUUCUGGGCGUCGCUGUUUUGAGAAGGUCAAAGUUGAGACCGCAAGCUAGACUCCAGGUUCAGUUCGGCACCAUAGCCGACUCCGAGCAUUCCUUACCUGGACAACAACAAGCCGUCCGGCUGCUGCGGUGAAGGACCGCGGUUAGGCGUUAAAAGCUCUGGUGCCGUCGUCUCUUCGGGGUGGUUGGGUUCAGCCGUCCAGCAGAGAAGGACCGGACGACGGAGGAAACGUUCCUUUGUCUCUCUUUAAGACAAAACAAUAACACCGAGCUCUGUUCCCGCUGAGGACUGUAAGACAUUCCUCUCACAAUGGGCCCAGUCAGCCCCUCCACCCACCCCCGGACAGAGUCUUUGAAUUAAGGCUCUGCUGGUGGUCAUUAUUUGUAUUUCCCCAGAAGUGAACCCUCCGCUUCUGCUGUUUAAAGAGCUGGACUCAUGACGGACACCCUGACACGAGACAUAAACUGUCUUCUGCUCUGACGAAGUGAUCUCUGCUUUGAGAUCAAAUCACAUAUCGACGUUGCUGUUUGGAGUGUUGAUGGGAGUACAGCUAUAACAGCUUGGUUGUGUAGAAUUUAGGUUAUCGGGGGUUUUGGGAAGAAAAUGUUCGUUUUUUGUUUUGCAUAAUGGACUGACCUAAUGUUCACCAUUGAGACGAUAUGUUGUUUUUUUUUAAAACUGUGGUAAGUUAUUGGUUUUGCUUUCGUUAUCCAAAGAUGUCGUUUUUUUGGUGAAAUUUUUUUGUUUUUUUGUUGCAACGUAUCAAACAAACAGCACUUUGUACAUAAUCUUUUAUACAUUUUAUGCAUACUUCAGCAUUUAAAAAAAAUGUUAAUUUCUCUUUUAAACUUGUAUUAAAAUGUUUAUCAAGACCACAGUUCUCCCCCGUGUGUUCAGGUUGGACGUAUGUGAAAUAUGAUCGCUGGUAUGUCCAUAAAAA